AUGUGGCCCGGCCACCUCGCGCCUCUUGCAACGCUCGACGACGUCGCCCGCGCCAGGAUGUGGCUGCGGGCCCUGCAGAUGCUCUGGCGCCGGGAUGUGGCCGCGGCUGCCCGCCGCGCCCCCUGCAGACGCUCGACGACGUCACCCGCGCCGGGAUGUGGCGGCGCCCGCCCGCGGCGAGUUCCAACCCUAUCCUGCCCCACCCACGCGCCUGCAGUUCACUCCAUCCACCGCGCCGCCGCCGCCGCCGCUCCGCCUAGGCUCCCCUGCCGUCGCGCUGCGGGCAACCUGCCGGCGCCCUCCCAUCAGCGGCUAUUUUCGUCGGUCAGCCCACGAGCCCCUGCCAUUGCGCGACCGUUGACCGCGUGUUCCUCCCGGCUUCCCGGUGCCGGCGCGAUUCGUCGGCCUGCUAACGAGCUUCCAAGGGAGGGGCGCUUCGACGGACACCAUACGCUGCCCGCAGUUCACUCCUCCGCCACCUCUUCGCUCCUGGUGACGAGGCGUUCCUCCUUGCGGCAGCCCGCUAGGUCGACCUGCUUACGAGCUCCCAAUGGAUGCGCGCUUUGUUGGCCUACUCGUGAAAUCCCAACGGUGGCUCCCUGCGACCCCCUGCCCCUGAAACUUCUACCUGCAGAGUGUAGUCGGUGGGAAGGAUGUUGUCUGUUGGAUAUAAGCAAAGCAAGGAAGGAGCGGGCCGAGGAAAUCGAUAAGAAGUGUACAAAUAUGCAUCAAACAUUCUGCUUUUCAAAGAUUGGCAUGGAUUUGCUUCUAAAUGCACGGACUGGUCUUGAAGCAAGGUCGAUCAAGACACUGUACGAGUGUCACUGUGUCACAAGGUCUAUUGGAUGGCCAUUUAGCUAGGUACUCCCUCCGUUCUUUUUUAAUUGACUCGAAUUUAGUACAAAUUUAUACUAAAUUUGAGUCAAUUAAAAGAGAAUGGAGGGAGUAAUUGCCAACACUGCGCUUCUCCACAAUUUGUACAAGUGAUGUGUGACGCUGACUUGUGAUAAUUUUGCUAGAUAUUCUGACUUGUGUAUAGGUGACGUACAAGCCAUAGCAUCUUCCUUACCCAUCGCAGAGUUAUUUCUCUAACUCAGCUAUGCAGUGAAAUUAUUUCAGUACUGAGAUGUUUGUAUCAUGGUAUGUUUAAGCAAUAGGAAGAUAGAUUGAACUGUUUGAACUGUAAACUUUUCACAUAGCGAGUUAGCGUCACAUGAUAAUGCAAUGAGCACUAGGCUAAUGGUUUGAUGGUCGUUGCUUAACUAUUUAGAUGAGUUUGAUACCCCUUCAUCUAUAGCUGUGAACAACUCAUCAUUACCCUAGCUGAAAAAUCAUUAUACUUAGUAUCAAUUGUGGUUUUCUUUAUAUAUAGUACUACUUCAGGGAAGGAACCUUCGUCGACCUGAAUGGCUGAAUAGCAUUACUAUAUCUUUACUGUGGACACCCCCUUCCUAAUGUUUAUUGAACUGUAUAUAACAUGAGUACAUGAGUUUUUGAUAUUUGACAUGCUCUGAAUUGCUUCAUGUAAAACGGGUACAGUUCUGGGCUCCAUUUCUUGAAAUUCUUAAUACUGUACUAGUAUGGAGAGCUCAUGAAUUUGAAGUUAUCUUUUGCUUAUUGAAGUAGUACCUCCGUUCUGAAAUAUAAGGCUCUUUAGCUUUCUAAAAAGGCUUAUGUUUUAAGACCCUUAUACAUGAAGUUUACAAUACAAAUGACCUUAAUUGUGCAGAGCUAUGCUUUAUACAUUCUUUUUAUAAUUGCAUUGUCUUACGAAUGGACUGAAACUUGUUUACCUUCUACAGAAAAUAUACUAGAGGGGGAGAAACCAUGAAACUGGCGGUUCACAUCAAUUGGAUUUUUCGUGUAAAUGAGCUAACUAUGAAUUGCCAGAUACAUCCUUUAGCUAUCACUUUGUAAACCUCUAUGGUGUCUUAGGCACUGGACCAUAUUGUUUCCUCUAUUUUAGUUACCUUUUAGUAUAUGAGAAGUACUUCUGUACGAGAAUUAAUUAAAAUGUUUGGUUCUGGUUUGAUAAUCUUCAAGGAUAUGCACAUUACUGGAAACACUUUUGUAUUGUGUUUGAUGUUACUGUUAUGGAAUUUGCGGUUUGAUUAAUACUACA